UUGUAUUAUUUCCGUAGUUCGCCAAAGUGCUGCGUGACGGUUUUACGCGCGGAUAUCUUAACUUAUUACGCUGGUGUAAACUGAUAUAAAUAUGGAUACCUACCUCAUAAAAGAUUGUUUGAUUCAUAUCUUCACGUUUCUGUCAGAAAAAGACCUCUUUAGUGCCUCCAGUGUGUGUAAGGACUGGAAUGACGCUGCAGAAACACCAUGGUUGUGGAGGAGGAUGUCACUACAGCGCUGGGUCUUCUGUAACGUCGGAUUGGGAGGAGAUGGUGCCCAAUCCUGGAAGCGAUACUUCCUCCGCCGGUACCACCUGGAGAAGAAGAUGAGCGAAGGAAAAACUGGAGGCUACACAUGCAAAAGUCUUAGGGGACACACAGGUAGGGUAAUCGGGGUGGCUUACCUUAACUCAUCAGAUUCAUCAGCUUCCUCUGACCUCUGGAGUGGCAGUGCCACUGUCUGCAGUGCUUCAACGGAUGGGUCAGUGAGAGUGUGGGGAGUCCAAAAAGGUGAACUCUUGUGGUCCAGUCCUGCAUCCCAGAAUCCAAUGAUGGACAUGAUAACAGACCAACAGCACAACCUAGUGGUCACAGCCGACACUACAGGUCUCAUCACCACUUGGCAUGGACAAACUGGACAGCAGAUGGCGACGUUUGCUACAGGAUUUUCACACACCAAGUUACUCCAGUAUACUAUCGACAAUAACUGGUUUCUGACGGUGGGAGGACGUCUUGGGUCUGUAAUUACUUUAGCUGGACCAGAUUUGAUUAAAAGAUCUACUUUCAUGGUUUGUGACUCUUUUCAAGUUACAACACUACUAAUUUCACCUGACAAAAAGUGGCUUACAGCUGGGACUAAGGACAAUGAUGAUCUAAGUGCCAAGGUUAUGUACACAGAAAGUCUAAUUGCAGAAUCAGAGGAUGAUGAGCAUCUUUGUCAGUCUUUGCCAGUGGCUGGGUGCAGAGCUGCUGUUUUUAUACCAACACAACCUUCCAGGCUUGCUGUAGUUCACACAGAAUCCCAGCGCAACAACAUCCUCACUGUGUUUGACAUCUGUCUUAAAAAAUCCAAGUACAAAACAGAAAUUAUAGUUAAUCAGGUGAGGUCCUUCAGUUUGAACCAAGUCAGCUCCCAACAAUUCCUCCUAAAGGCCAAAGACAGCAACUGCAUUGUGUUGGCAGCUGGUGAUCAACUGUUAGUCUAUUCUCUCACUGGAGAAUUGCUUCAAAGCUUUUCAGAUCACACUAUGCCAAUCUCUGCACUGUGGGUGGAUAGUUUUCGUGCUGUGACUGCAUCUCUUGAUCUCUCUCUGCGAGUGCUAACAUGGAAAAAUAAUCGAGAUGGUGGACAAACUCUAGAGGGCCGCUAUCACUUACUGGGAGGAUCUCAUUCAAUGUCAAGGAACAGGUCAACGGCCAAAGCUUGAGCCACCAGCAGCCUGCGGCCAUCUAGUGACAGCUCCGACUGCAGCGUGAUAAAGGGCACCUCAGAAUGUUCCUCUUCUCUACUCUCCGUUUUUUUCCCAUUUGCCAACUCCUCUCUCUCCUCUGCUUUCAACCUGGUUAGCAGCGUCCCUUUCUUUGCAUCCUUAUUAUUCCCUAUGGAUUCACUGCGCUGGAUGCUAGUUUUAUGUCUUCUGAUCAGAAUUGAGCCAUCUUUUUGGUGCUCUAAGUUUUUGAUUUCCCAUAGUGAACUAACAGAGCUGAAUGAACUGAGUGAAGUAUUACUAUUCCAUAUUUUUCUCUGUGCACUAGUUGGCGGUUCUGGCAUUCCAACAUUGUCUUGUGAUAAAGAUGUUACUGGCUGUGUUAGGAGAUUGAGGUCCGAUCCAAGUCUUCUCAAAUCUGACUCGCUAUAGCUGAGACUUUUGCGAUGGUAGAAGAUAGGUGGUUCAUUGAAAUGCCUUGGUAACAUAGGUGAACCUGGCAAUCGUGGUUGAUUGAUAAAAAUCUCUGGGCCUAAUUUCUCUAUUAUGCUUUGCUCCAUCUCCAAGUCUUCACUAUCAGGAGCUUCCAAAAUGUCUUCUUCAAUCACUUGUCGAUUUUCUGCAAUAUCUAUUAACAACUUACACACCAGCUGGAUGAUCUUGGGCAAGUACUUCAGUUGUCGGCGUUCAUAUCCGUGCAGAAUGUGCGUUUGGCGGUGCAGGUAUUGGGUCAGUGUGACUGGGUAGGUGAGUGGUUUAGCACAUGAGAACACACUCCUCAGGGGGACCAGAAACUGCACAAACUGCCUCACACAGUUCAGCUGGCUCCGGGUCUGGACGGAGUUUGGACGUUUGGCGCGGACGUACAGGAUGGCCUGGUUGGCAGUCAUUCGAGUUGUGUAGGUGAUGAAACAGGCUAUCAACACACCUAGAGCAAAGAGAGAAUAACCUAAUGAAUAACACUAAAAUCUAUCACUAAGUCUGUUAACACUAAAAUCUAUCACUAAGUCUGUUAACACUAAAAUCUAUCACUAAAUCUCACUAAAUACGUUAACCUGUAAGAGAACUUGUACAAUCAGAUUUCACAUAUAUCAGUAAAGAAUCAAUGCAAAGAAUAUUAUUCAUCUCUUCAAAGAUUCAAAUACUAAUGUAAAAAUAUUUGUUUGUUUCCUCUCACAUUAAAGAUUAACUAUUCAACUUU